AUGAAGGUCAGCCGGAGUGCAGAGUGGUUCAAGGAAAGAAGGGCAUCCGGCUGCAAGAUUGGCCCGUCCAUCCUCAACAGCGACCUGGCCAGUUUAGGGGCUGAGUGCCUCCGGACGCUGGACUCUGGGGCCGAUUAUCUGCACCUGGAGCAUUUUGUUCCCAACAUCACCUUUGGUCACCCUGUGGUAGAAAGCCUCCGAAAGCAGCUCGGCCAGGACCCUUUCUUUGACAUGCACAUGAUGGUGUCCAGGCCGGAACAGUGGGUAAAACCAAUGGCUGUAGCAGGAGCCAAUCAAUAUACUUUUCAUCUCGAAGCUACUGAAAACCCGGGGGCUUUGAUCAAAGACAUUCGGGAGAACAGAAUGAAGGUUGGCCUUGCUAUCAAACCAGGAACUACAGUUCACUGGUUGAGGACCCAGUUCCCAUCUUUGGACAUUGAGGUUGAUGGUGGAGUAGGUCCUGACACCAACCAUAAAAGCGCAGAGGCAGGAGCUAACAUGAUUGUAUCUGGCAGUGCCAUUAUGAGCAGUGAGGACCCUAGAUCUGUGAUCAACCUGUUAAGAAAUGUUUGCUCAGAAACGUUCUCUCGAUCGAUGAAAGCACAAGGAGUCCAGUGUUUCUGCUUAUGA